AUGACACCCGACACCUCCUGGGCCACCCUGCGGGUGUCUGUCCUCGCCCUGCUCCUACUCACCUCGGACGCCGAAAGUGAAGUUUCUAAAUGCGAGACGGGAACUAAAGUACGUCACGGCACUGCGUAUAAAGCUUCACAAGGGGAAAAACUUCAGAUUAACUGCACGGUUCGUACCUGCAAGGACUCACCAAUGCCUGUCAACUGGUUUAAAUCUAAAACCAAGGUCAAUGUCAACAAGACCACUGCCAUUACACAACGAUGGGACUGCUGCAAAAAUUCUGAGGGGACAUCAUAUCUGGUGUUUGAAAGCAUACUUCCAAGUGACUCAGGUUCUUAUCACUGUGAAUAUGGAGACGAAGUCAGUCAUUUGAUCAACGUGUCUGUCUCAAAUGGCACGGUGAUUGCCGAAACAACCCCCAAAGACAUCUGGUGGCAAUAUGUCUACGCUGCUGUUGGGGUCGUGUUGAUUGUCGCUGGUGUGAUAACAAUAUCAGUCCUAUCGAACAUGGCCAUACCCAUGUCCAAUCAACCAUCCACACAACCCAGAACACCACCAUACCAAAGAGGAGUCCCUCACUCCCAUUGCGACCAGCUGAGCAAAGAUCCAGAAUGUAUCUAUCAAAAACCACAAAAGCGAGCUGACCGAGAAGGAAAUGCAACCUUGGAUCGUCCGGUCCAUCAGGCGAGGGUGUCUAGAGAGAAUGAGUUUGUUUAUGGCAAAGUGAAACGAAGACAAAGAGAGGACGAGACGGAGGAAGAGGAGGAUGAGAGUCCUGUCCUGUAUGCCGCGCUGAACCACCAGAUGCUGCUUGCGGCCUCCAAAACGCCACAGAGGCCUAAGGAAAACACCUCAGAGUACGCGGCUAUUGUUCUGUCUUAA